AUGCUGAUCGACUGUGGACCACUAUCGAGCUUCACGCAAGCCCGAUAUGUGCUUCAUUUCUCUACAGGGAAAAGACUAGUGUUAUUCCGCUUGCCAUCGAUCGACAAGUCCUCCUCAAAACUUAACGAGGCGCAAGGGUGGUCGUACUAUGCAAUGCAGGCGGAAUGUCCCCAUGCGGGCGCCGAAAUGUCGGCCUCGUAUGUUGAUAUUGAAGACUCUGCCUACAUCGUGUCGUGCCCAUGGCACGCCUAUGAUUUCAAUGUGGAGACUGGAGAAUCGAGCGUGGGCCUCAAAGCCUGCACAUUUAUUGUCGAUGUUAGCGGCGAAUCUGUUACGCUCGAUUUUCCCUCCGAAGAUGGCGAGACUAUUGAGCUGUCCAGAGUUGAACCCGUUAGUGAAAGGGUCAAGUUGAAAAAUACGAAACCGUCAGCUAAGUCCUCAGUCAAACAACACGUAGUUGAGCAAGAAGCAGUCAAGCAAGAAGAUUUUGGAAUGGCUCGCUACCUCGAUGAAAAUGCAACAUUUUGCGACUGGGCUGUCCAUAUCUUGAACACGGCCAAUCCAGAACACAAAAUUGAAUUGACUCACCACUUUUUCACAAUUUUCGUCGAGAAAGAGGUCUCUUCCUCACCCAUGGAGCUUGGAAAGGGCACAAUUUCUGCUCCUGAACAUCCCCCUCGUGAGAAAAUGACUACCGUGGCUCCAGGAGCUAUGCCUCGCGCUGGAAAGGGCGGGACGUUGAAGAGCCGAAUUGCUAUGCUGCAUGCAUUGGCCAAUAUUGAACUAUGGGCUAUCGACCUUGCAAUCGAUAUCUGCGUACGAUUUUCAACAUUUCAAACUGAAGGGAAUUCUCUGGAGUUACCACGAGCUUUCUUUCACGACUGGUUGAAGGUGGCCAACGAUGAAGCUAAGCACUUUUCUCUCCUUCGUACCCGACUUGAAGAGAUGGGGUCGUAUUUUGGAGCCCUUCCCGUACAUCACAGUCUGUGGCUGUCGGCCUUGGAAACGGCGCACGAUCUUCGCGCUCGCAUCAGCAUUGUUGCCCUCGUCCAUGAAGCUCGGGGAUUGGAUGUCAACCCCAUGACUAUUGAAAAGUUCCGCCAUUCUGGCGACGGUGAGAGCGUUAAAGCGCUCGAGGUCAUCCAUAAUGAUGAAAUCACACAUGUUACCACCGGCCACCGGUGGUUGACUUGGAUUUGCAGCCAAGAAGGAACGGAUCCUGUGCAGGUUUUCCGGGGCAAUGUCAAGCAACAUUUCAAGGGGGCUAUUCGAGGUCCUUUCAAUGAAGAAGCUCGGUUACAGGCUGGCAUGGACCGCCGGUACUACGAAGAUACACCGACGCCGAUAGCGGCUUCAUGA